ACAAAUAUGGUAUCCUCGGAUCCAUAUUAGUAUUACUGAAGGAAUCGCAUGUUCAGUCAUGUACGAUGUUUGUGUUCUCCUGGACUCCUGGCUUCUUCUUCUUUUUUUAUCGAAGUGGCAGAAUUGAGCCAUAGUACCAAGCGAUGGUCAGAACGGUUAAGACGAGUGUGGAUCUGUGGACCGUGGUAGGCAAAGAGAAAAAAGACGGAGGUUGAGCGUCGCCCAGGUAUCUUUCUUGUUGUGUGUUCGUCUUGCAGAUGUGCAUGUCUCACCAACCCGUAUUCCUGCGCUCUCGCUGCACGAGGUGUGCAGGCCGUUAGGCAGCUGAGCUUUUGGAUCCACCCGGGGUGCAGAGGAAAGAUCGUCGGAGCGACGGACCGGUGCAGCACGCAGCUUUUUUCUUUUUUAGCAAAGUACCCCACUUUAUUAAUUCAAAGCAAAGGUUGGGAUACAAGAGAUUCAAGGGGUAUCAAGAAGCCACAAACGGCGACCCGCAGAGAGAGUUGCUGCUGCUUUAGAAAGAUUGUGAGCAUCUGUAUUAGCUCCUCUCUUCUCAUGGCCAAGGAGGACCAUCUACAGCCAGGAAUUAACCAACAACACAACCAUUUGAUCAGUUCUUCCACUAGCAGCUAAUCGAUCUACAGCCAGGAAUUAACCACAGUUCACAGACCAGUGCGUCGAUCUUCACCAACGCAGCAGCAAGGAAGAAGAUGGCUGGUGCAGCGAAGGCAACGUCAUGGAUGGUGGCGAUGAGCGUGGGAGCCGUGGAGGCGCUCAAGGACCAGGCCGGGCUCUGCCGCUGGAACUACGCGCUCAGGUCCAUCCACCGGGCGGCCAAGGCCAACGUGCAGGCAAGGGGCGGCCUCUCGCAGGGCAAGAAGCUGUCUCCUGCCUCUGCCGCGGCAGAGAAGCGGCGAGCGGAGAAGGCAGAGGAGGGGCUGAGGACCGUCAUGUACCUCAGCUGCUGGGGUCCCAACUAGUAAUUCUAGUUAGCUAGCUAGCUAAGCGUACGUGUUCGUUGGCAACCAUGGCUUGCCACUGCAUGCCAGACUUGGCUGGUUGACCCAUGAUUGUAAAUAUGGUUCAUGAUGAUGAUGAUGAAAACUUCUGUCAAUUUCGACUUUACUAUC